GCAGCAGCAGCAACUUCUCCUCUUUUGCCUCACUCUCCCCAUCGCCCUACAUACAUACAUACAUACAUACAUACACACCAUCCUGCAAGCCAUCGGGGGCUCUGCGUUCGGUGGUGAUAUGCACACAUGAUGCCACCGGGCUGAUGCUUCUCGCCGUGCGUCAAUUGCCAAGUACACACUCUGCACUGCGAGCUUCAUCCCGGCAUCGAAUCUAUAAACGAACGCGCACUUCGUCGCAUCUGGCCAGCAUGUCCACGCCCGCCCUAAGGUUGUGGCAGCACUAUUGGCGUUCGAAGCUCGAUGCUGAAGAUGUGAUGGACCUCAAAUCUGGAAACUGGAGGCAAAAAGGAUCGAUACUCAUCUGUUCUGUGAGUCGUGUCUGUUUACUUCUCCCUUCCCAUUCCUUCUUGACUCGCCCGCGAUCCUUCUGUCGAGUCUUUGAAACAUAUCCAUCAUCACCUGCAACAUGUUUCGAUACCUCAACUUCGUCUUUCCCGUCUCCAAACCAGUCCCCAACUCCGAUCUAGCCAUGGAGGUCUACUCGCCCUCAAGACGCCAUACGCAAACCAUGAUAUUUCUCCACGGGAGAGACGAUACAGCAGCCGAAUUCUCCGAGGCACUCUUCGAAUGCCAGACGUCAGAUGGGAAGCAUCUACGAGACCACUUUCCACACGCCAAGUGGGUCUUUCCCACCGCGCCUAUUCUUAUGGCUAGGCGGUUAGAAAUGGACAUCAGUCAGUGGUUUGACAUGUGGACCACAGAAGAUCCCCACGAUGGAGAAGACGGUCAAGAUCCCACCGCUGCAAUCGACGCCGUCCACAAGAUAAUACAACACGAGGCUGGAAUUGUCGGAGCACAAAACAUCGUCUUGGGCGGGAUAUCACAGGGAUGUGCAGUUGCAAUACAUUCUCUUCUAAAGCAAGAAAGAAAACUAGGUGCAUUCAUUGGUCUCAGUGGCUGGCUGCCAAAGCCAAGUGCAAUCGCCAAUGCCGGCAAGCGCUUUCCUUGCGCGCUGGACACUCCUGUCUUCCUUGGGCACUGCCAGCGUGAUUCGAUAAUCAAUGUGAAGGACGGAGAGGAGCUCAGAGACUGUCUGCAGGCGAUCGACAUGCAAGUUGACUGGCACUCAUACAAUGACGACAAGCACUGGAUUAGCGAACCAGACAUCCCAUCCAUGGAAGCCUAUCCGACCGAAGUGGACGAGAUCGUCGACUUCCUGCACAAGACAUUGAAGACUGAAAGCAGCCGAGUAUAUGAGAAGACUUCGAUUGGACGGCCGCAAGUACGCAAAGCUCAGGUCUCAGAUGCUGAGUCUGAAUUGCCUUGGCUGUAUGGUCCUACGAUUAAGAUUUGA